AUGGCAAGACCAAGAAGGGGGAAGAGAUCAAGAGCUGAAGUAGUGGAAGAAGAAGAGACUCAACAGCAUUCGGAUUUUAAAUGGGAGGAAUAUGUCUCUGAGGACAUAUUAACUCAAUUGGCAAAAAUUCCUGAACCAACCAAUUUGUUAACUAAAUUGGAUUCUCUUGAAUGGUAUCAUGAAAUAGUAAAAACAUGGACAUUCCAAUAUGUUAUUGCAUGGCUUUAUAAUGUCUGCGAAUCAUACACUACAUCAAAUCAUGAAACUUCAGACAAUUCUAAACUGAGCGUUAUGUGGAAAGAUAUUAAAUUUGAUGAAUUGUUAUUUUUGCAAGAUUUAAUAAGUGAUAAUGAAGUAUACGAAGAAGAUGAAUUGGAAGAUUCAUCUAUUUAUAAAAAAGUGAGAGUCAGAUUACUAAGACAGAUAUCUAAUAAUAAAUCUGUACAGCUUUCUGAUUGGGACGUAAUUAUUAACCAUAACUUGGGAUUAGAGGAGAAAAAUAUAAACUUUAAUGAAUUAAGCAUAGCAGAGAAGUUUGAUAUAUUUUAUCAGAUAAUCAAAAUAAUCGAAAGAAAAAGUCUCGUUUUUAAGAAUUAUAUUGGUAAUGAAAACGCAUUGAUACUGUUUGAGUACCCUGAAUUUGUAUUGGAUAACAAGAAAUCAUUAUUUAUACUUCCUAACAUAGGUGUCAUAAUAGAAAAAGAAUUAACCAAUGACAAAGAUAUACAGUUGAAUAUCCCGAUAAAAUUAGAGAAUUGUACAAUCACCUAUGAAGAUGAAGAAAAUUCUUCAAUUGAAGUGGUUCAUCUUGAGUACUCAAACGAAAUAGAUGAUUACAUCAACUCAUUCAAGAUAAAAUACAACUCGUUAACAUACGAUUGGCUGACCUAUAUCGAGUACAUAAAAAAUUGCCAGAAUGAUGAAUUAUUAAAAUUCUUAUUACAGUUCAUCCAACCUUUUGCAGAACAUUUAAUCUACACUAGAAAAACGUUGAUUCACAGAGAGAAAGAAAGAUCAAUGGCUGAAUUGCUAACAAGAAGAAAAAGAUCAUCGAGAUUGGUUGCUAGAGAGGAGGAAACCAAAAAGAAGGAUGUUGAAAAUCAAUGGUAUGAUAAGUUAGAUGAAAGGGAAAAUUUCUUGAAAUCCAAGCAUAAGAACGUUGUUAAAAAUACUAAAAAAAUAAAGGACAUUCUAUGGAAUGAACUUUGGACCUUAUAUGAACAAGAUUUAAGGGCAGAAAAAUUAAAAAAUCGUACUAAGGAGAAUCCAACUGAUGAAAACAAACCACAAACUGCAGUUGAUGAAAAUGAGUUAUUAAACAGCAAUGAUCUAGCUGUCAUCAAUAAUGGUCCGAAUUUUACAAAGAGAAUAACUGCUUUGCCGCCACCAAAUACCGAUACUCAUGAAAAUAAUGUAGUCGUGAGAGAUAUCCCUGACGACUAUUGCAUUACUCAAGAGGAAAUUGACGAUGUUGCAAAUCAUGGUGUUUCAACAGUGAACGAAAAAGUUGAUGAUAAAUCUUGGGUAUUUGAAUGUGAAAACUGUCAUUUGCUUGACAAAAAUAAGCAAAGUAAUGAGGAUAACUCUGGUGAACAAAAAAUUAUCAAUACCCCUGACGAUAUAGAUGCUAAUAUAAUGAAUUACCCCAUCUUAUGUUGUGACGCAUGUUCUAAGUGGCAGCAUUGGGAAUGUCAAGAUCCUAAAUUAAUAGAAUUAAUUUCUCUAGCAAACACUCCAAAAAAUAAGGUAUUUAGCAUGUUUACCCAGAGAGACUUUGGCACUGUAACACUGAGUCAUCAAGGUGGGGGCAGAAGGUCAACUCGUCUUCAAUCACCUAAUGCUGAUGAAACAACACAAUUUAGACCAAUUGAUAAAAGAAAACCUAUCGAAGAGUCUGUAAUGCUAAUAUGUUCUAGGUGUGUCGCUAAUAUUGAAACAGAACUUCGUAAUAUCUUUGUACCAGAAUUAAAGAUGAUGAGAGCAAAGCGUAAAAAGCAGCAAGAAGAUAGAGAGAGAAGAAAGAAAGUAAAAGAAGAAAAGAAGAAAUUAGCAGAACAGAAGAAGUUAGAAGAGCAAAAAAAGUUAGAGGAACAAAGAAAAACAGAUGAACAGCAAACUUUGUUAUCUACGAAGCCACAAUUGACAAAUAACACAAGCAUACAACAUGACCCAAUGUUUUCAAAAACUACUCUUUCAUCUGGGUUUAUCUCAUCUCCAGUGGAUACGAAUUCUCCAUUUCAUAAGACUACAUUUGGAUCAACCAGUUCUGUAUCAUCCUUCAAGGAAACAGCAAUGACCCAGACUAGUGUAACAAAACCGACGGUGGUUACUAAUCCAUCUAAUGAUAAUAAUUUCGGUUCUAACAACAGUAUAACACCGUUAGUAGAGUCAACUAGCACUCCUAUAACAGUAAAUAAAGAUCAUGUUGUUCCAAUUCCCAGCAAAGAAAAUAAUUCAAACAAUAUUAACUCUAAUAAUAAUAACACAUUAGCUACUAUUAAUAAUCCUCACUCUGGGGUUAUGGGACAUGAGAAUAGUCCCGAUAAUAAUGGAACUAACCAGCAUAUUCCAGGUUUAUAA